GCAGCUAUGCCGCGCGCUGCAGAAAACCAGCUGGACGCGUCCGCUCGGAACAACGGCCGGUGCACCGGAGGACUGACCCGGGGACUGCGGGACCGGGAGGCUGCUGACAGGCGUUAACAGUGAGACUUUCCCCGGGGAAACCUCCUCCAGAAACCACGGAGAAAACCACCUCGCUUUCUCCCCGUUUCCCCUCUCCUCUCCUCCGCUUCCAGCAGCACGAGACGCCGAGACAUCAGCAAUGUUGCUGCUAAACGUGUAGGAUUUAUCCCCGCUGUCCCUUUGUUUGCACCGACUGUAAAUAAAACUGAACAGAGACAAUAAGCGACAACAGCGGGGUUCACUAUGGUUUUAUUGGCGCUCCGCAAUAGGAAAUGUGUUAAUAGCUGCUGUAUGGGGACGUUAUGCUUGCAGUUGUUGCUGUGGAUUUUAUGUGCCGUGAACGGAGAGGAGCAGCCGUUCAGUGUGGAGGCAUGGCUCCAGAGGUACGGCUACCUCCCUCCUGCAGACCCCAGAAUGUCGGUGCUGCGUUCUGCACAAGACAUGCAGUCAGCUAUCGCUGCCAUGCAGCGCCGCUACGGCCUCCAUGUCACAGGGAUCCUGGACAGCAACACUUUAGUCGAUAACACGAUAAGGUGGAUGAAGAAGCCCAGAUGUGGAGUUCCUGACCAGAUAGGAAACGCUCACAGAUUCAGUGUGAGGAAACGGCGGUACGCCCUAACGGGUCAGAAGUGGCAACACAAACAUAUCACAUACAGCAUAAAGAACGUGACACCCAAAGUGGGUGCGGAGGAGACCCACGACGCCAUUCGGCGAGCCUUUGACGUUUGGCAAAAUGUGACGCCGCUUCGCUUUGAGGCUGUGCCCUACAGCGAGCUGGAGAGGACCAAGAAAGACGUGGACAUCACCAUCAUCUUCGCUUCAGGUUUCCAUGGCGAUAGCUCGCCCUUUGACGGAGAGGGUGGCUUUCUGGCCCACGCCUACUUUCCAGGGCCGGGAAUAGGAGGCGACACGCACUUUGACUCAGAUGAACCGUGGACAUUGGGAAACCCCAACCAUGACGGUAACGACUUGUUCCUGGUGGCGGUCCACGAGCUCGGCCACGCGCUGGGCCUGGAACACUCCAACGACCCCACGGCCAUCAUGGCUCCUUUCUACCAGUACAUGGACACGGACAACUUCAAACUGCCCAUGGACGACCUGCUGGGCAUCCAGAAGAUCUAUGGGCCUCCCGAUAAGCUUCCCCAGCCCACCAAGCCUUUGCCGACGGUGCCGCCUGCCCGUUCCCACCCUCCAUCAGACCCCCGUAAGCCCGACAGGCAGACCCGACCCCCGAGGCUGCCCCCCGGAGACAGGCCGUCCCACCCCAACUCUAAACCCAACAUCUGUGAUGGCGGCUUCAACACACUCGCCAUACUGAGGAGAGAAAUGUUCGUGUUCAAGGACCACUGGUUCUGGCGGGUGAGAGACAACUCAGUGAUGCCCGGGUACCCCAUGCUCAUCAGUGUCUUCUGGAGGGGCCUGCCGCCAAAGAUAGACGCCGUCUAUGAGAACAGCGAGGGCAAGUUCGUCUUCUUCAAAGGGAAACAGUUCUGGGUGUUUAAGGACACAGUGUUGCAGUCCGGAUACCCCAAGGACAUCUCCCAGUUCGGCCACGGCAUGCCGGCCCAGAGCAUCGAGACGGCCGUGUGGUGGGAGGACGUGGCCAAGACCUACUUCUUUAGAGGGGACAGGUACUGGCGUUACAAUGAGGAGAUGAGGACCAUGGACCCCGGCUAUCCCAAGCCCGUCACAGUGUGGAGAGGUGUGCCUGAUUCGCCACAGGGGGCCUUCGUGGACAAAGCCAAUGGUUACACCUACUUCUACAAGGGGAAGGAGUACUGGAAGUUCAACAACCAGUUGCUGCGUGUGGAGCCCGGCUACCCGCGCUCCAUCCUCAAGGACUUCAUGGGCUGCGACCUGACGCCCAUCGACCCCGCCCGGCCGCCGGGCGACGACGGCAACUCCGACGUGGUGAUCGAGCUGGACAACGAGGCCAACACGGUGAAGGCCAUCGCCAUCGUCAUCCCCUGCGUGCUGGCGCUGUGCCUGCUGGUGCUGGUCUACACCGUGGUGCAGUUCAAGAGGAAGGGCACGCCGCGCCACAUACUGUACUGCAAACGCUCCAUGCAGGAAUGGGUCUGAACUAUGGGACAGAGAGGAGGAGGGGGGGCCAGUGAGGACAGUUGAAACAGGAGGACGCCCCCCCUCCUCUACAGAGCAGGUAGUGGACUCUGGACACAUAGCCACGCCUCCUCUAACGGGUCACCUGACACCUUCGCUCAGACCCGAUGAAACAACCAGACGGCCCGUUGGCGGCCCUGAAGGACUUGAAGUUGACUCCGCUUCCCCCCAGCCUUUUUAACAAACAGGGGAGCAGAGGGACAGUUUAUGGGGACGCUUCUUUGCCUGAUAUGACAUUCAGUCCCGGUAAAAAACAAAGAGGGUCACUCUGGCAUCACUUUGUAUCUCAGAAACUUGACUUCCUGUCCCAUUCCUGUUUGAUUUCUUUGCCUGACUGCUUUUAAUCAGAAGGACAGAGGACUUUUCGGGGGACACCCUCUUCCCACAGGGCGCCGCAUCGUCAUCGGUCAUAUCAGGUUGUUUGAUGAAACAACAGUUUUCUAUUUUCUGACCCUGGUGCCCCCCACCACCUCAUACUGCGCUCAGAAGAUAAACAGUCUCAGAUAAACACCAGUUAAUCACAUUUCCAAUCCUCAAUCCUUUUUCUUUUUCUUUUAAAUUUCCAAUAUUUUUUAAAUUCUUUUGAGAAAAGGAGGUCCUCACUGUUCCCUUUAACACGCUCCUGAGGAAGAGACCAAAUGAAACCAAAUAAAAUCAAUUUCUCUCCAAAGAGGAUUACAUUUUUUCUUUUUUCUUUUUUCUCAUUUCAGUUCAUCCUUCCUUCCCUUCUCUGGAUCCUUUGCAGCGAUUAAGAGUCGGGGAGCUCUGACUGUUGUGGCAGUCUGUUUGAGACACAGGGGCCAAAUUAUUCUGCAAUAUUUUAACUCGCCUUAAUUAUAGAUCAUACUACUUGUGCUUGGUUUUGCUGUUCUUGGGGUUUUUUCUUUUUUUUAAUUUGUAUACCGCUUUUGUUUUUGUUUGUCUGUUUGUAAAAGGAGCUAAUUGAGAGCUUCUUGUGAUUGCUAUUUUAUGGUUUUUAUUACAUUACCCAGAAUUCUCAGCACUGGCUUGCUGAGCCAUUCUGGACAGAAUAUACAGUAGGGUCAGCCUGUAUUGAGAGUUAUGUAUUGUAUCGUUAAAAGAUGUCAGAAGGUUCUGGAGUAAAGCCACUAUUUUUGUGUGUUAAGAUAUUUGUUACUGUUAUCAUUUCCAUACAACAGAAAUCAGGCUAAUUAUGAGCUUGAGUGCUUGUUAAUGGAUUUGCUGAUGUUAUUUUUUGUCCUUGGCCCAUAUUCCCCUCAGUUUAAAGAAGUGUGCAUCCAAAAUGGUCAUUCUGUAUGGUUCAUUGUGAAUGGACAGACCAUUUUUUUUAAAGAAUCCUGUUGACUGCCUUGUUUGAGAGAGCUCACAGUUCCCACAAUGCUCUUGUCUCCUGACUGAGGACCCACAAAGUGAGACACCAAGUCAAGAUCAGUGCCUGUGUCAACGUGCAUGCAAGAAUUUACUGUACAUCCAACUGGUUCUGCUCAACGUGGCUUUGGAACCCCUCAAUAGCUGAGGAGGAAGUUUUCUCUUGAAAAUACUGUUUGCAUUUAUUUUUGUAUAUUUUAAGUGUACCCCAACCCCCCUCCCUUACCUCCAGGUACAGUUAAAUCGAAGAAAAAAAACCUUUAAAAGAUUCAAGUGGUACAUUUGGGAAAUCUUUGGGAGAUUUGAUGGGUAUUUGGCAAAAAAAAAAAAAGUGGCUUCAACAAAAAAACAAUGGUUAGCAAACAUGUAGUGUCCUCGCUGUCGUGGCGAGAAGUCUUUGAAUGUGUGUCUGUUUUCAUGAUCACAUACUGGUUUUUCUUUCUUUCCUGUUUUCUGGUCAAAACAAAUUGGACAUCUCACAAUGACUUCUUUGUGUAAGACUUUGGGACAUUGGGGAAAUGUGUCCUGACAGAAUGAAUAAAUUGAUCAAUAUAUGAUUAAGAGCUG